AUGGAAUCCGGCCCUGCGGCCGCCAAAGUGGUGCAUGCUUUUGGAAGGUCAUCGCCGAGUAGCAGAUUGAAGCAGGAAUUUAUCAAGCUCAGCAGCGAUUACCGACGCCUAAUGGAGCUGAUCGAGAGGAGUGAGCCAGAACUAGUUGCUGAGCUUUCGCCCAACUUCUCUCCACGGUCGCAUUCAUCGUUGAUGAAGCCGACAGAGGUAGAAGGUCCUCGCGUUUCUCCGCGAAGCGCGACCGAAGGGUCAGAGAAGCCGGGGCAACUGCUAGCGGUGUGGCCUCCCAUCAGGCGCGCAGAAAAUUGGGAGCUUCAAGAGUUGCGUGCGGAGUGCGCCAAGCUGGUGCGAAAGCAUCAAGAAGAUCAGCAUCACUUGGAGGAUGUUCGCUCAACGGUGGCAGAGGUUCGACAGCAUGUGGAGCAGCUUCGCUUCCGUGUGGAGGAAUCUCGGCAGGACUCAGCGACAGCGGCAUCGCCCGAGCUGCAAGAGCUUCGCUUGCUGGCGGGCUUCCUCCGGAAGAAAACACCGGAGAACUCAGCCGCAAAGCAGGUUCCUCGGCCUGGCUCCUUCACACCAGAACCCCAACGUGCAGCACGCUUGCCACGGGCAGCAGCCACGGAAGCCCCUGAGCUGCGCGGUGUAGCGCCACAGCUGGGGACGCCAAGGAGCUUCUGGCCCGAGCCAGCAACUGCGCAGCACCCGCAGCCGGGAACUCCCAGGAGCUUUGACUGCAAGACACUCACACCCACUUCUUGGCACAGCUUCGAAACGCCACCAACGCCAUCGACUCCAGGUCUGCCAAGUCCAAGGCCUCCGAAGCUCCAUGGUGCCCGACCACCCAGGAUCCAGGAGCCUCAAGGCCGGCCCGAGCGUCCACCAGUGGUGGCGGUGGAGUGCAGGACAUCACCAGUUUCGUCUGUGCUUGUGGCGUGCCGGCUAUGCGCCAAGCAGCUUUGCAGCCACAGAGGACUCUGCUACCCCGCCACUGCCCGCACAAGACAGAAGGACCAUUCUGCUCCACCUGACAGCAGAAAUUACGGCAGAAAUGCGGUGGGCCAUGCCCCAACUGAAGGGUAGGGAGAAUCUCCCCAUUUUUUUCUAAUUUCUCGGCAUUUUGGAAGUGAUUUUUG